CCAACCUGGAGGAGGAAGCUUUUCCUAUGGAUCCCAACCUUCCGGGAUCCUUUCUCUUCAACAACGGCCUGAACCAGUACCCCUCGGACAUGAAGGCGCCGGUGUGCCAGUAUUCGGUGCAGAACUCCUUCUACAAGCUGGGCCCGGGCCUCAACAGCCAACUAGCCUCUGGCACGCCGCACGGCAUCAGCGACAUCCUCAGUCGCUCCGUCAUCGGCUCCCCCAGCUCCACGCUGCUCUCCGGCUACUCCGCCGUGGGCAGUUUCGGAACCGUCCCUGCCUCCGGUGUCUACUACAAUCGGGACUACGGAGCCUCGCUGGGCAGCUUCACCAAGCCCAGUCCGGAGUGCACGGUGAAAGGGCGGAGCGGCGGGGGAUGGGGUGACCCCGGGUACGAGUGGAGAGGAGGACGGCAGCAGUGCGGCACCAGCAGUGGUCAGCUUGGCGAUGCUGGCAGCAGAAAGAAACACACGAGGCCCACCUUCAGCGGGCACCAGAUCUUUGCUCUGGAGAAAACGUUCGAGCAGACCAAGUAUCUGGCAGGACCGGAGAGGGCAAGGUUGGCGUACUCUCUGGGAAUGACUGAGUCUCAGGUGAAGGUGUGGUUCCAGAACCGCCGGACCAAGUGGCGGAAGAAGAGCGCGUCAGAGCCCACCUCCACGCAGGUGGCACGGGGGGAGCAGGGAGGCGAUGCCUCGGAGAAUGAGGUGGAGGACGAGGAGUACAACAAGCCUCUGGAUCCGGACUCCGACGACGAGAAGAUCAGGCUGUUACUGCGCAAACACCGCAGAGCAUUCUCAGUGCUUCGCCUCGGGCCGCACCAGGUCUGACAUGCAUGCGCACACUCACACUAGCUCCAGAGAACGUCGCGUCUGCGCACAACUGCGGUGAACUGUCUGCAGACGCAAUGCCACGUUCACGCUGCAACGUGGAGCUACGACCGUGCAGCAGCGAUCCCUGGCACACAGAAACCCCCGUUCUCCAGCAGGGUAACCUGACAAGGAGAUUAGCGGCUACUGGUUAUCCACAGAACAUCUCACUCUGUGCUGUGAGCCUGAGCCAGAGAGAGACGCUGGAAGACUCGAAAACGUCAGAUUCACAAACAAUGAUAUCAUCAGAAAUCAGAAGAAACCGGUUUCCCAUUCCUCCACUUCAAGAACUUACAGUAACCAUGUACAGCUCGGCAUCAUUUCUUUGAAACAAUACGGCCUGAUAAUGGCUAAAGAAUGAGAUAAUCGCUAUGAACAUAAAUGACUGCAAUAGUGCCGUUUGAUUCCUCCGUAAAACAGCCCGUGCAUAUUCACUGUAAUUUGCUAAAUCCAUUAUAAUAUAGAUGUAAAGAUGAUGCAGUUGAAGACGUCUGCCAUUGCCUGUUACUCGAUUUCCCUGAAUGCUACUAUAAUAACUGUGGUAUAAACAGCAUAAUGUAUUAGAGUUUGAGUGGCUGAAACUUCAGAGCAUUUUCACUGGGAUGUAGGUUGAAUUUGGCUGGUAACAUGAUCUUUUGGUUCAUAUUUUUGCAGAACAAUUAUGGCAAAACAUCCCACUUCCAUGUUUCAGCAACUUACAAGUUAUAUAAAUUAACUGAGAACUUGUACAAAAUAAAAUGCCCAUUUGUUAAAAAUAGAGAUUUUGUGUCCGAUCUUUUCAUUAACUCAAAAAAUCCUGAUCAAAAUACUUCUAAGGGAAGGUGCCACUUUACAAUACGGCUACCCAUAUAAAGUGUUCAUGACUA